UCGGUGUUUCAGGAAUCCUAGAGCAGUAGACACUUGUUACAGUGGGGAAAUGGAAGAAGCAGAGGUUGACACUGAUGCCCUUAUAGAUGAGAUGGAUUAUAUUCCAGGUCAUUUUCACCUCGAUAUGAAUUUGAACUUUGAGUCCUCUGUACCUAUGCAUUUCCAAGGGAGAGACGUGAAGCUGAAACGAGAAAGCCUUGUCUAUGAAUUAGAGUUUGAAACCGGCCUCCAGCAGCAUGCUGUCAGAAACCUCCUCGGAGUCUUUUCUUUCUACUUGGAAGAGGUAGAGCAAGCCAAGGAGAUUUUCCUUCACAUCUCUCAGGAGGACCCAGAGAAUCUAAAUGCUUGGGCCAACCUGGCCUUUGUUUAUGACAGGCUGAAUGAGGAGCAAGAAGAGACAAAGUGCACAGACAGUGUUUCCCGGUUAAUGGGCUUGGAUACAGAAGGCACGUCCCAAGGGGAUCCCCAGCUCAGGGCAGCCCGUUGCUUAGCCGAGCAGGGUUAUGCUUAUGCCUUUGAUGUUCGGCUGGUGACCGAAGAAGAGAAGAUGGAGAAACUGACCACGGGCCUCACUCUGUAUGGCAAGGCUCUUGCUUACGGGAAGCAGAUUCCUUUGGAGGAGAGGAGAAGCUGGUACUUCACUAUGGCCACAUUGCAUAUCAGAUUGGAUGGGAUGUGGAUGAAUAAGGGCAAUGAGGAGGAGAAAAGGUCACCAGCCUUCAACAGAACCCUGGUGUUGCUUCAGCAAGUCCUGAAGUCCUCCAGCCUCCAGUACAGAGCCUUGGCCUGGUGUUAUCUUGGGAUACUGCUAGAAAGGAAAGACUCUUUCUCAGCUCCACCUAUGGGCAUCCAUGAUUGUGGCUACUCUGAGACUGAUCCUCUUGACUGCUUUGGAAAGGCCCUAGAAAUAGCUAAAGACAGUCCACCUGUUCUAAACCGUCUGGCAAAAAUCUUCCUCUUCCUUGGCAAGCAAGAGAUGGCAAUGGCUGUCUGCAACAUGGCCUUAGAUGUUCUGCCAGACCCAGUACUUAACUGGCAAGCGUACUGCAUUCGUGCCAAGAUCCUAAUUAAACUGUAUUUACGUGAUGUGGAGCGGGUGAAGAUAGGUUUGGGAGGAAUGCCGGACAAGAGGAACCUAUUUGAUGCUAAAACUGAUCUUGAGAAUGUAAUGAAGGUGCAUCCAUGCCUGAAGACGUAUCUUGAUCUUGGUGAGGUAUAUUAUUACAUGGGAGUGGACGCCAUCCAGGAAUUGUUUCUUGUCGAUGAAAAUGCACUUCAUAAUGCCCUCUUGUUCUUGGCUAAAGCCACGGAAUUUGACCUGGGGAACGUUUUGCCUGAAAUUCAUUUGUUAAGGGGGAAAUGUUUUCGGCUAAAAAAUGAAGAACUGAAUGCUAUUGAAUGCUUCAAGCAGGCAGUGGAACUGGAUGAUGUGGGUUCGUUUUGUACAGAGAGUUUCCGGUGCUUAAUGGAAAUGCUGCUUACCUUGUUCAGUCAGAAGAAAAUAAAUACAGAGAUGUUGGUGAAGGAAGUUGAGUUUUGGGUGAAGAAGGCUGAGGAGAAAUACCCCAAGCAGCGUGUUCAUCAGGAACUUAGGACGGUCUGUCGCCACCAUACAGCGGAGGUGCUUGAACUCUCUAAAGCCAUGGUAGGUAGAGGAAAGACUGAACUGGUGAAGUUGCUCUUGGAGACCAUGAGGGGUAACUUUAAGAAAGCCAAACGGACCAAGCGCUCACUUUCCUUUUGAGCAGCUGGUUUCUCAGCCAUAUCACAAAACGCUGGCACCUUACUGUAAUUCAGCUUUUUUGUCUGGGCAAAGAGACUCUUUUGAUAAUGAACUGUAUAAUAAAACACAAUGCUUUGUAGGGCAUCUACUGAGCAUUACACUGUACCUGCGGAGGAACAGAGACAUACUAUAUGUGCUGAUAUUCAGAACACUUCCUGUAACUCUUCCUAUUUAUUUCAUUGUUCAUUCUUGAAUUUGAGUGCUGGAAUUGUCUUUCAGAAAAACAUGAAACAUUUGAAGCUUGGAACAUUCACUAUGCACAUGUACAGCAUGAACUGCCAUGCCACACAGAAGGCUACAUGGUUUAGGACAACACUCUCAGGUAACAUUUCAAGGCACAUAUGCUCUCUUGCAUUGUAAAGCAUACCCACAAUCACUUAUGAGUAGAUGACCACCAACUGUCAAGUCCAGAUGUAGUCAGAUAUGGGCCAAAGUCCUGCUCCUUAAACAGAGUGAUGGUGUCACCAGUAGGGGACGGCUGCAGGUAAUUCAAGUAUUCUUUGCUUCCAUCCUGAGACUCACUCAACUUGCACACAAUGAGGCUGAUUACAUGCUAGCUUGUAUGCAUGUGAGAUGCAGGAGCAAAAGAGGUAUUCUUUAAUUACCAGUAAACUCCCCCUGUUGCUGCUAUCAUCACUCUUACACAGGUAUCAUUUACAGAAGCUACAGUCCAGAAAUCACCGGAGGCCUGCAUUUUGUCAGUGAUGGUUUCUUGGGGCUAGAUAGCGCAAGUGGCCACCCUCUCAGAGGCUGUCCUUCCUCCUGGGGCUCCCCGGAUCAUGGAGCAGCUCUUGCCCUUAAAAGUGGCCAAUUAGAAGGGCCAAGGGGGUGGGAACAUUUGUUCUUGGUGGACAUGACAUUUUGGGAUGUCGUGUUUGGCCAAAAGGGGGAAUUUGAAAACUAAUGCCAGCUACACAGAGUUCCCUUUGUCUCCUGGAGCUUCUGUGUGGUUUGAAACUUUUCUUGGAAAUGUUUAUUCUAAGCGGGUAUCUGCACUUAUGUGGUUAGUCAACAAAGAAAUGGAGUAUAACCUCUAGGUUCACAUCACAGCAUUGUUGGGGGCAUUUUGGAAGCACUGAGAUGGAUCCAGGUGGUGAUGAUAGGGCCUUACAGGUAUGGGAUGCCCUCCAUGGUUGCACCACUUUAUAGGGUGGGGGUGGGGAGGUUAGAUGCACACACCCCACUUUCUGGGGGAUAGAAAGGGCCACACAGCAGCCUGCUUCCAAGUGGUUAACCCUCUCUCUGUCUCCCUGGUUUGCAUCAGAUUACCAGGUGAGGUUGCUGAUGAAGAUCCAUCUCCUAUCCUAGUGUGAGGGGUUUAUUAGCAGCUGUAACCAAUAAAAUUGUGGCCAAU